AUGACUUUUCACAGCGAUGAGGAAACCCAGGUGUUUGGGUGGAACAAAGUAUUUGAGUACUUCAUUGUGUGUGUCGCUAUUCCACUAUCUAUUGUAGGAAUACUUGGAAAUAUUGCCAUUCUGUAUAAAUUUGCCUACGUGAAAAGUGUUUCGCGGACCCAGUAUGAAACCUUGCUGUUGGCCUUGAGUGUCGCUGAUUUGGUUUGCAUGGUUGUGACUCCAAAUGUGUUUGCUUAUGGCACAAUUACCCGCUUUAGGUCAUGGCAUGGCGGAACUGCAGGCUGCAAAUUCGUUUUAUCCGUGUUGCCAAUGAACGUAACUGUCACACAAGGAUUGCUAAUCAUAAUCUCUUUUCAAAGGUACAGGGCACUCACCAAGCCUUUGUCGCCAUUUAUCUUCACAAAAGCCAAGCUGAUAUUUUGGGUAGGGAUAUGUCUUUUAUCGGCUUUAGUAUUCGUGUCACCAUAUGCCUACUCAUUGGAAGUUGUUUCUGAACCAACCCAUGCCACAAUGACGUGCACAACUCCCGGCGAAAAGUCUAAUUAUUUGCUGGCAUUUGCAUCCAUCAAUGUUGCCCGCGACAUUAUCACCACCGCCAUCUUGUCCGUGACAGGUCUCUUCACAACAAAGGCAUUAAACGAUACAAUAGAUGGAAUAGCUACAAGAAACAGCAACGAAAGUUGGAAGAAUUCACGCAUUAUGUCGACAAUUCGUGUUAGGAAACUUCUUCGGAAUAUGAUAACAGUGUUUUGCUUCUGCACUCUGCCACUAGAUUUCUUCCAAUUUGCUCUCUAUGUUGCUUUCAAAAUUCUUGGCCCAAUUGAAGUGAAGAUUUACGAAGUGCUGCGCAAUAUCAACACAGUCCUCUUCCUUCUUCAAGCAAGCAACAGCGCUGCUAAUAUAUUCAUUUACGCGCGAACGCACGAAGAUUUCAAAAGCUGGUCAAAGAAGAUCAGAAGAAGACUACGAAUGGAAGAUAAAAACUCUUUUCAAAAUUCUGUUCCAUGCACGGAGGAUGAUGUCGCAAUUCAAAUGACAUCUUUGUCAAAACCAUGCCAAGAAAGGGAUUAA